AUGGCAUCAGCCCUUUAUGCUCAAGCUUGUUCAUUUCCAAGUAAGGUUUUAUAUGGUGAGCGGUUUUUGUACUUUCCAGUUGAGUUGGAGCAGUUCAGGACACAGCUGAAGACCCACCAUGGGCCCAACAGUCACAUUCCUCUUCUCCAUUGUCCUACCCUCUCUACUCUCCCAAGUCCUCUGGUCUACUAUGGAGGAAAUGUGACCCUCAAGUGCCAGGGCCAAGUGGGCAGUGACAGAUUCCAACUAUGGAAGGAUGGAGAGCUCAUAGAGGACAGAAAUGUAUCCCACAGUCUGGAAUGGUUCUUGCUCAAGAAUGUGAAUGAAAUGAAUUUUAAGGGAAGCUACAGCUGCCACUACAGGCUGGGGAACUCAUGGUCAGAGUACAGUAAACCCCUUUUCCUGAUGAUGGAUGGAGUACUCCCUAAACCCACUCUGUGGGCGCAGCCUGGCCCAGUUGUGGCCCCAGGGACCAACAUCACUCUCUGGUGCUCAAAGCCCAAGCUCUCUUCUGUUCAAGAAUGGAUUUUCACUCUGUGGAAGGAUGAAAUGCAGCUGCCCUUACAGCAGCAUCUCUCAGCAGAGUCCCAGAAUGGCUUCCUUCUCUCUUCUGUGAGCCCUGAGGAUACUGGGAGCUAUAAGUGUGCUUAUAAGGAACAGAAUGGCUCUAAUAGGAGAUCAAAGAUGAGUGAUGCCCUAGAGUUGGUGGUACCAGUGUCCAAAUUGAAAUGUAGUCCAGGAUUACUUAGGAUUCUUGAUUCUUAUGAGGUAGAGAUUAUGGGCUCCAUCCCUAUGUGUGUGAAGGGUGCAGGGAGAAAGAUUGGCCAGGUCAUGUACCACUCCAAGAUCCAGGGAGAAGGCCUAGAGGAGGAACAACCUCAUGGUUUCCCAGUAUACAUUUCAGAUUUACCAUCCCUCACUCUCUGGGGAAAUGUAUUCCCCAAGGCUUCCCUCUCAGUCUGGCCAGGACCAGAGGUGGCCUCAGGAACCAAUGUGACCCUCCUGUGUAAGGGGCCCUCUUGGAGUACUGGGUUUCUUCUGCACAAGGAGGGAGAUGAUGAAAUCCUGCACAGCACAGAUAUCAUUCAGGAUGGAGCUCAGUUCUUCUUCCCUCAUGUGACUACCAAGCACACUGGCAAUUAUACAUGCAGCUACCAGCCCAGCACCAAUGGCAGUCUCUGGACACAGCACAGUGAUCCUGUGGAGCUAACUGUCAGAGGUGAGAGAAAGAAACAUGCAGCACCUACUAGGAGGAGGACUCUUCUGUCUUCCUCAGUGCCCAGAAUCAUCCUCAUCAUCACCCUCAGCUUUGUCUCCAUCUUCCCCCUCUGUAUUGCCCUGUUGGCAUUCCUCUACUGUUCAUCUAUUCCUAUGGGAGCCUUUCUGGGAAACAGACCUAGGAGGUGCCUCUGCUGCCCUUGUCUUCCCCAGACAGUCUCCCUAUCUCAGCCCCUUGAGGCCCCCAGAGAGGAAACCCCAUAUGCAGAAGUGGCCAACAAGAGACCAAGGGAAAGAUUGGUCACCAUGACUAAAGAUGCCCAAGAAGUGACGUAUACUCAGCUGAACAUAAAAACCCUAAAAAAGAAGCAAACAGAUUCCAAGAAGGAACCUAUAGAGUCCAUAGUCUAUGCCACUGUGUCAUUGGAGUCAGGGUUUCACUACCUUUCAUGAAGAAAUUCUCUCCUUUCUUCUUCUCCUCUCCCUCACUCCUAUUGCCUUGCAUACCUUCCCAGAUUCCCAUCACUGAGAAUCUAUGAUGAUUAUUAGGGAUAUUUACUGGGGUUGGGCAAUGUAAAGAUAAUUUUAGCAUUGUGACUUAAAGUCUAAAUUGAAUUGAUCACCAGGGAAAACUCCAAAUAAUAAAAUACCCAAGUCAGCUGGAAA